UGUGCAUCUGAUGACGUACUACAGYACUGCAAUUUAUUGUGAUUGUUGGCACUAUUUUCGAAGAAUCGAAAUAUUUUGACAAAGCAAGAUACAAGUAAUGGUAAUAUACAUUCUAAUUCCGUCGUUCCUUCGUGGAUCGUUUCACCGUGGUUCUUUACAUUGCAAAAAAGAACACCGAACUCUGCAAAAUCAAAGUAGCGAGCAUGGUACGGAACGAAUGGUCGUCGCUGGAUCCGGAUGUGCCACCGUCGCCGCCAUCACGGCCUUCGCGCGGGUUCUUCCCUUCGUCGUCGGAGGGUUUCAUCCCGGGAGGUGGGUCUACCCACACGGGAAAGACGGGGGGGCCUCCAGCUGCUUCUUGCGCUCGAUCGAAGUCUCCCCGACAAAGCUGGGCGUUUCCGACCAUGGUGAAUUCAAUGGUCCCGUCUACUUCGUCGUAUUUCACCGACCAGGUGUCGGGCAUCGUCGGUAUCGUUGUUUCGUAGUAGCGAUCGGCGUUCGAUCGAAACUGCCGGUUAUUUCCGCUGAUUAAUUUGUACGGAAUGUGCGCCUGCCACAUCACGGUCUUGCCGGCAUAGCUCGACAUGAACGCCGGAACAUCGUUCCACCCGCCGGGCUGCUCCGGGACCACGGCCUUGUUCCACGAGCGGAGACCGAUGUGGGGGAGCGGUGCGUCGGUCAGGUCUUUGUGUGUGAACUCCUUUGGCAUGUUGACGACCGGCUCGCGAUCGGUAACGGAAGCGGGGACGACGAAAAAAUUCAUUCCGUUGGGAUCAUCCUGCUCGGUGUCGCAAAAUUCCUCGCCCGGAACAAUCGUCAUCGAGCCGGGUUCUUUCAGCUUGCACGUCAUGGUUUCUGCUCGGAACUCUGGUGUUACUCGGAAAAACUAUGGGAACACGCAAAUCAUAAACAGACAACAGGAGUCGAAUUGUUGGAAUUGCAAUCGGUUGAGAAAAUUGCUGGCAAACAGAUUUUCGCCCGCACGCAAUGGUUCCGAGAGUUCAAAAUGAUUCGCAAAGAUGUUCCACUUCGACUUACUGACAUGUCAUACUGAGCGGUCUUGUACCCCGCCGGCCUGCGACCGCAGGGCAACCAGUCCACGCUCAGGUGGUUGAAUCCCAUGGUAGCCCACACAUAGUUGGGAAAGCGCUCGUAGAACCGCCGGGGAUGAAGGUACGGAAUGCCGUCGGGCGCAAUUCUGGGUUCCUUUGGUGCCUUCAGAUCACCAAAGUUGCACUUCCCCCGGAAGCUGUCGUCCCCGAUCGGGAGCCGGGGGUUGUGUUCGAAUUUGUACACGAAUUCGUACAGGCAUUGGUUGUUGACGGUCAGCCCCCACGAGCUCUUCAGGAUUGCCACGUCUUCCGUUCCGAGGGCAUCCAAGGGGUUCUUCUCGGGGGCCAGCAUAAGGUCGUCCUCCUUUUGCGUUAGGUCGGGGCUCUGCUGAGAAAGCGCCAAUUUCGUGUGCGAACACAGCAGCACCAAAAAGAACGCACGAGUCGACCAACAAAAGGGCGCCAUCUUGGUUCUUGUACGAAUUUGGACAACAAUUUUGGUAUCUUYGUGAAGUUGACAAGGUACGUAUUCUUUCAGGAUCUGUUGACUGACUCUAGACGUUUUCUUAUAGAGGGGAGGUUGCGAUGGCUAAGAGCUUCGAGAGAAUAGACAUGAAAUUAAGAUUGAGAUUGUACCGUAACGGAAGCAAAAGGUUCAACUGGGUUCUCUUGCGUUUGGAGUGUGUGACAGAUCGGGAUGAUUUACCAGUAUCACGAGUAAGUUACUCGUAAACCUACCUUAGURCUGUACAGCACAUCUAGUUUGUAUUACUUUUACCUUGUCGCGAAUAGGUCGGUUGCGCUACGUGCUCGUACUCAUAAAUAAUCAUAACCUAUUUUUGCUCCCUCCUACUUCCGCACCAAGAAUGGAUUUUUAUUGCUUAAGACAAAUUGACCGCGUUUUGUUGAAUACCUUGAACUUGAUGGUCAUUUUCCCUAUGUGACUCACGUCUGGCAUACGAAUAUUUCGUUCAAUCGUAACAAACUACAUGAAAAGUGUUAAAAAUAGGUCAACCUGGGUCAUGGAAGUAAUCGUGUGGGCGCACAAAAAAAUAUCUCUGUACAAGUUGCUGGAACUGGUACGGACUAUGGCUUCCGUAGAGUACUCGUACUCUACGUACGAAGAAGUACCGGUUAUGUCCCCUCCAUAUUUCUGCCGCUUCUCUCUCUGAUGCCUACCGUAGUUUAACUACGGUGGUGACUGCUACGUAUCGUACUGUUGAGUUCGAAGCGGCAGAUCUUCGACACCAGAAGAACGAAAUAGGAAGACUUCGUGACAAAGGUAAAAGAAAACAUAGUCUUUCCGUCAGCCAACACCAUUGCAACGACCGAAAGGGAGCAACCAUGACAAUUCGAUCCCUGCAGUGCUGGARAAUAAUUGCGGCCCUAGCGUCCCUCUCCAUGGGAGCAACGAGUCUCGACAGCCUCAAUCUACAAUUCGAAGCCCCUGGCAGCACCGACCUGUCGGCGCUCGGAACACCCAACCUUAAACACUACGAUGGAACCUAUGAGCUGACGCUAGACGACGACGGAGCCGAAAGGGGUUGCCUAUACAAACUUGAGGUGGAAUUYGACGUGAACGCCGAAGACAUCACCGUUGGCGAGCCCGGUUUUCGGAAAAAUUGUGCCCCCGUCAACAGAACGGGAACCGCCCCCGAUGGCUUGCCCUUUCACACCGCCCGCCGCCACUGGAUCAGGUUUCCUCCCUACGUCUUYGAUACCACCGGAUUYGAUCACGUCUCGGUCGAAUGGUUGCCGUGUGGCAGGCGCCCGUCCGGUUUCAAAAAGGCGCGGUACGAUCUCAAUUUCUAUACCGUGACCCCCGUCUACAGGGCGUACAUGUUGUGCCAAACAUUCAAGACGCCCGCCGUCUGCCAGUACAACCAGACCAGCCACAUAGGACGAGCUCAAUUUACUGUACCGCGCUUGGCAAGAAGUGUAAGUAGGCUACCAUACUCCGUUGUGCAUGCACGUGCUUCGUUGCAUCGUGUCGUGUCGUUGACCAUUGCUCGACAGCUUGCCACGAAUCCAAACUCAAACCUUGGCAUCCCUGGUCUGUUUCUUGUUUCAUUUCAUUUCAUUCGUUUCGUUUUGUUUCUUUCUUUCGAUGGCACACCAAACUCCAACAGGGAGCGUAUUUGGCGAACAUGCCGGUUCGUUUUCAACCGGACGCGGCAGAACCGGAAGGUGAGUACUUCAAAAAUCAUCGGGCGUGCCUUUUGAAUCGUUGUUCCAAAAAUCUCUCACAACACGUGGCUCUCUCGAUUGUCUCCGUCGAUUAUUUCUCUGAUGCCAUCGCAUGGUCCUUUGUACUUGUAGCAUUCGAACACGACGGGUUGAUCAGCUACGACGCAAGGACAACCCCCCUGACUCCCGAAGAAUGGGAACUACCGGCCUUUCUGAUGUCCACCCACGAUGGUUCCGUUGUAUCCUGGCGCAGUAUGAUGUAAGUGACCCAGCCAGAAAACGGACCUAACCAUUACGAUGCAUUGCGAUGGUGGAACUAAAGAACUCCGUUCCUACAACGACUUUUUUGGGCAAUAGAUCAAAGGACUGAAUCGAUGUGUUUCAUUAUAUUUUGUUUCUUUUCGUUUUCCUUCUUUACAGUCCGUUUGAUUUCUUUAUGGGCAAAGCAACUGCUACACAUAGCGCAUAUCAAGAGUACAUGUACCAAACAAUGAUGGCGUUGCCAUCGAACUAUAGCACGUCUUUCAGUGAUGGUCGUAUGACUGUUACCCUGGAAGGAGCUGCUAGUAUGUGUGGCAACAAAUUCCUCGAAGCCAAAGCGGAGCAAGAAGAUAUGGAUCUCGAAAGCAUAGAACAAUACGACCUAAUCUUCGAAGGGGACAUUGAAAGUGCUGUUAAUGCGACAAGCUCAAAUUUUUCUGACUUUGCCCUCAACUAAGGAGUUAAAUUGCUAGAAAUCAUUGAAGUUUUCUUCAUAUGUUUCUCAGCGAAGAAGAAUAUGUUGUAAUAAUAUUUAAACUUGAAA